AGUGGUGUUUCGAUUGAUAAUCGUGAUAAUCUGGGUCGUACUGCUUUGCACUUUGCCUCUUGGAACGGACAUGCUGAUAUCUGUCGCUUCUUACUUCAGGGUCCGCACUCUUUAAAUAUCAUUUCAGAGGCUAAAUCCUCUAUUAGUAGCCGUUUUACUCGUGCCGACGUUAAUGCGACAUCCAACGAUUGUUCUACUGCGCUCUCGAUAGCUGCUCAUCAUGGCCACCUCGCUGUUUGUUCUGUCCUCCUGAAUACUAACUUAUAA